AUGCCGCCUCCUCCAUCAACAGUACAGGGCGGCGGGACGCUCGACAAGAUGAAGAUGGGAGCUGUCAUGGGCACCGGUGUCGGAUUGACAAUCGGAUUCAUCUUUGGGUCUUUCUCAAUUAUGCGAGGUGGACCAGGUCCAAGAGGCGUUGUGGCUACACUGAGCCAGUACAUGCUCUCCUCAGCGGCGACAUUUGGUUUCUUUAUGAGUAUAGGAUCGGUCAUUCGGACGGAGUCUCCCUAUGCGAUGCACGCGGCACAGUCGUAUCGCUCAGAUCUGAUGGAGAGGCGGUAUGGCGAUCUAUGGAGGCGGGCGGAAAGCAGGAAGCUAGAAGUUGAGGUGAAGGGGCUCUGA